ACUUCUCCAUAUCAACUAGACCUAGGUGAAUUGGGCUUUAUCGAAGGUCUCAAUGUGACCAGCAAGUCGUCGUCAAACGUACUUUGCCACUACUUCGGAGGAAUCCCAUAUGCUCAUCCUGCAGAACGUUUUCGGGCACCUCGACCUCUUCCUCUCUCGUAUCGCUAUGGUGCUAAAGACAAGCCUGCUAAAUUCACUGGCCAGGUCGGAAUAUGUCCACAGCCAGGCUUCAUCAGUUUGCCUAACCCUGAUAUCUGGAACGAAGACUGCCACCAACUCAACAUCUGGAUGCCUUCUGGAGUUCGACCUGCAGAGGGCUGGCCUGUAUUCUUCUAUCUGUUCGGUGGAUGGCUUCAAUUCGGAGAUCCGAACAUGGCUCCAGAGGCAUUAGCGGAGCUGCUGAGCGAGACAGCCUUCAAAGCCAUUAUCGUCAUGCCUGGUUACAGGGUCAACGCCUUCGGCUUUCUAGCAAGCAAAGAGCUAGAAGAUGAGGCAAGAGCGAAUGGCGAAACAUACUCAAACUUCGGCUUCUGGGACCAACGCACGGCUUUGGAGUGGGCUCACGAUCGCAUUGCUUCUUUCGGUGGCAACAAAGACAACAUCACCGUCGCAGGAUAUUCGGCUGGCUCAUAUUCGACUUUCCAGCAGCUUGCCUAUGAUGCCUAUCUUCCACAGAGAUCAUCGAUUAUCAAGAGAGGUGUCGUAUCUUUCUUUUCUGUUGCAUGUAUCGUGCUGACAAGCUUGCANGUUUGCAUGCUCUCAAAUGGUCCAGGUCUCCAGCCUCGUUCUACCGAAAACCGUCAGAAGCAAUUUGAUGAGCUCCUCGGUUGGCUCAAUAUUCCACUUUCGCUCAGUCCAGCAGAGAAGUUGUCUCGACUGCGCGAGAUUCCAGCUCGUCAAUUAGUCGCUGUCCAGAGCAGCAUGAAAUUCCAUGAAUUUCGCCCAGUCGCAGACGGCUCUUUUAUCAAUGACAACCUAAUAAGCAGCAUAAAUGACGGUUCGUUCGCGAAACAGUUAAAAGAUAGAGGAAUCAAGAUAAUGAACGGAGAAAACAAANNGGCGUGGCGCACCCCUGACUGGAGUUAUGAUGCUGUCUACGAACGUCUCGUCGCGGACUAUCCAGAGUCCAAGGUCAAGAAGCUUAUGGACCUUCGUGUACCAGACAAGAGACUACCCACAUUCGCUGAAGACUGGCCUGACUUGUUCGGUCGUCUGUACGCCGAUGUGCAAGUGCACGAUCUUGAACGCGGGUUUGCGAAUCGUCUUUCUCAAGGCGGAUUGACUGUGGGCAAGGAUCUUCUUCGCUAUCGCAUCGAGUGGCGAGCAAAGUGUGCCGACAACAUUGCUCCUCCAGAGUGGAAAGUAACACAUUCUACGGAUCGUGCUAUCUGGUUCUGGGGCGCUGGCUUGGGCCAGGGCUUGACUGCAAAGGAAAAAGAGAUUCUCAAAGACUUGAAUGCAGUCUUCGCACGUUUCGUAAAAGGAGAAGAUGUGCAAUGGAGUCAACAAGACCCAAAGAUGGUGUACAGACUCAAUGCUGCAGGCCAGAUGGACAUGUGGGAUGAUGACAGAUGGGAAAGAGGUCUCGAAGGCUGGGAAGCCAUGAACGGG